CAAUCACUCUCUUCUAUUUAUUUCGACGUGAUGAUUCCACAUUCCCCUGAUCCAUCCUCAUUCCUCUAAACCAGAAAAUUGUUUGCUUUUUCAAGAUGAUGAGUACGGAGGACCUGAUUUCCUACGUAAUGAUAUUCAACAAGUUAAAGCUUGAAGAUGAUAGGUUGUGCAAAGCCAUUCAGGUGCUUACGAAGGAUGAAGAAUUCGACUUCGAAAUCUUGGAGCUGAUGAGGUCGGUUGCCCACGGCCGACUCCCUAAAGAGACGCUGAUUCAGGCCUAUGAAGAAUUCAGGAAACGAGAAAAUCUCAACGUAUCAAAGGAGUGGGAAAAUCCCCGUGAACAGCAAGUUAAGAAUCCUGAGCGGAAAAAUCCACCUGGAUUUGGCGGGAAAUUGAUGAGGGCGGUGGGCGGCGACGAUCAGGCUAUUGGGAAGUCCAAGAAACAGGAAAAUCUUAACAUAUCAAAGGGCUGUCAAAAAUCCCAUGAACAGAAAGUGAAGAAUGAUAUAGGGAAACGUCCACUUGAAUUUGGCUGGGAUUUAAUGAGGGCGGCGCCUGGCGACGAUCAGGCGAGUAGGAAGUCUCUGAAACAAGAAAAGCUUAACAUAUCCAAGGGCUGUCAAAAAUUCCAUGAACAGGAAGUGAAAAAUACUAAAGGGAAACAUCCAGUUGAAUUUGGCGGGGAUUUGAUCAUGAUGAGGGCGGUGGCCGGUGACAAAGAACUCCCUGAAGAAAGCCUAAGUCAGGCCACUGCAAAGUACCUCCAGGGACAAGAAAAGCUAAAGAUGUCAAUAGGCUGUAAAAGAAGAUUUUAUGAACACGGAAGUUCGUCGGGAUUAAAGGAUCAAAAGAAAGUGAAGAAAGCUAGAUAUGAACUUCCGCUUGAAGAAUUUAAAAACCAGGUAUUGCCCGUUGAGAUGAUGAACAAAAUCAGGGAAUUAGGAGGGUACGAUCAGAAGCUGGUGGCAACCAAAACUCUGUUAUAUUCUGACAUUAAUAAUGGUCAGAACAGGUUUCUGAUUCCGCGGAAGCAUAGCAAUAACGUAGACUUUCUGACAACGGAUGAGAAAUUGAGACUGGCAUUAUACAGGGAGACUAAAGAGGAAGAGAAUGACAUGCUGGUGUUGCUGGUGGAACCAUCUCUUGAGGAAUACCACAUAUGUUUGAGGGAAUGGUUGAAUGGCACCGGAAGCAACUAUUUGUUAACGAGCGGCUGCAAGUGGUCGACGGUGGUGCGUAGGAAUGAUUUGCGCGUAAAUGACAUUGUACAGUUAUGGUCGUUCCGACGCUGCUCAGAACUCUGUUUUGCCCUUGUAAUUGUUGACAGGGGAAGUUGAAGAUCCAAACAAUUGACCUCUCUUUCUUUCCUGUUUUGUUUGUGGUGAACUCUUAUCAACUCUUUUCCUUGAUGCAUUCUUGAUGUGGAUCAGUUAAAUUUUGAUGAA